CCCCUUGCCUUGGCUCCCCCCUGCCCUCACAGGGUUAAAAUCAGGGGCACACACUCCCUAAUUAGCCCGAGCUAGAAAGGGGUGUGCUAAUUACACUCUGCUGCUCCCAAAGCGUUCCCUGCUCCGCUUCCUCCUACAAAUGAGCUCCUGAGGCAACAAUUAGCCUCAGCUUAAGCAUCUAAUAAUCAUUAACGGUCAUUGAUCAUUGAUCAUUAUCCCUGGUGCAUCUAACUUCAGCGUGGAUUGGUCCCUCACCCUCAGGUAAGGCCUCAGCCCUCCCAGACGACGAUUCAACACCGUUGUCCUGAUUUGUGAAAGCGUUACGUUUUCUUCCCUGGUGCUUCUGAAAGUUUUCAAAUUCUCAUAAAACUUCUUUGGCUUUUUGAUGAUGUUUACGUGCUCGAGAGUCAGAGUUCCCACACAAUUCAUAUAAAUGGAAUAUUUAGGUAUUUCUCUGUGGGUGGAGAGAAAUGAUCGAUUGGUGGAUGGAUGGAUUGAUCUUUGGAGCAGCGUGGUCGGAAAGGUGGCGGUUCCACCCUCCCACCCACGCCCAGCCCUGCAAUUCCGUAAAUCCCAGAUGUUUGAACCAAAAUUGGGUUUUUUUCACCCGAAUUGCCGUGUGCUGUGUGCCCGGCGGGUCUCAGCCCGUUUUCUGUCGCGCAGGGAGCAGCCGAUCUUCAGCACCAGGGCGCACGUGUUCCAGAUCGACCCGGCCACCAAGAGGAACUGGAUCCCGGCCAGCAAGCACGCCCUGACCGUCUCCUACUUCUACGAUGCCACCCGCGGCGUCUACCGGAUCAUCAGCGUGGGGGGAGCCAAGGCCAUCAUCAACAGCACGGUCACGCCCAACAUGACGUUCACCAAGACCUCGCAGAAGUUCGGGCAGUGGGCGGACAGCCGGGCCAACACGGUCUACGGGCUGGGCUUCGCCUCCGAGCAGCACCUGGCGCAGUUUGCAGAGAAAUUCCAGGAAGUGAAGGAGGCAGCUCGUCUGGCCAGGGAGAAAUCCCAGGAUAAAACCGAGCUGACCAACCCCGCCCUGAGCAUCGCGUCCCACCAGGUGCUGCCCAGCCCCAUGGUCAGCUCCAACGGGCCGGGCGAGGACAAACUGUUCCGGAGCCAGAGCGCCGACGUGGAGAUGACCACCGAGAAGGAGAGGCUGAAGAAGAUGCUCUCGGAGGGCUCGGUGAGCGAGGUGCAGUGGGAGGCAGAGUUCUUCAGCCUGCAGGACAACAACACCAAGCUGGUGGCCGCCCUGCACGAGGCCAACGCCAGCGUGGAGCAGUGGAAGAAGCAGCUGGCGGCGUACCAGGAGGAGACGGAGUCGCUGCGCCAGCGGGAGAUCCAGCUGCUCAAGAGCCAGAGGUGCGGCCGCUGGGAGGCCGAGGGCGAGCGCGAGGAGACGCUGCAGAAGCUGCAGGUAAAGGUGGCACCUGUGGGACACCUGGGGAGCUGCCAGCCCUCUGCAGCCAGUCCCACCCAAGAUCCUGUGGGCACCACCGAGAGCUCCCAUGGGCACCACCGAGAGCUCCCGUGGGCACCAAGAGCUCGUGUGGGCACUGAGAGCUCCUGUGGGAACCACCAAGAGAUCCUGUGGGCACCACCGAGAGCUCCCGUGGACACCGAGAGCUCCUGUGGGUACUGA